GCUUUUAACUUCAUUCGCUGUUGAAUGCUUAACGCGUGCGGUUGAAUGGAAGCUUUGCUAAAACGCCAGACAAACGAAGCAGCGAAUAAAAGCGAACAGUAAACGCAACGGAUUAACAAUUUUAGAUUAAGAAAAAAAAAGAAAUACUAAUAAUAAUAAUUCAUAAACAAAUACAAAUAAUUGUGAAAAUUUUGUAAUUGACCACAAAACAAGUAAUCUCCGGGUGUGUUGUGGAAGAAGAUAUUUUUUCUAUAAAGGCAGCACCUAAACUUCUGUACUAUGUCUAAUCAAAACUAAGUCAACAAAUAAUUACCUCCGAAAGAGACCACCGUUAAAAUACCUCAAUCCUCAUACCAAAAACUAGUAAAAACAAAAAAAAAAUAAGUUAAAAUGGUUUACUCAAAUCUACCAUGUCUAAACAUAGUACCGAAGCGUUUCAACAUCGCUGUUAUGUUAUUCAUGGCCUGCCUCAUGAGCUACAUGAUGCGUGUCAACUUGUCCAUAAAUAUCAUAGCUAUGGUUGAGAACACAGAUGCCAACUCCACAGAAGUAUUGCCAGAUUAUGGUCCACGCUACAAUUGGAGUCAAAGUGAUCAGGCUAUGCUAUUGGGAGCCUUUUUCUAUGGCUAUAUGAUCACCUCAUUGCCUGCUGGCAUGUUGGCCGAAAAUUUUGGUGGAAAAGCAGUGGCGGGAUAUAGCUGUUUGUUGGCUGGAGUUUUAACGGCUCUAACGCCCCUAGCGGCAUCAUGGGAUAAAUGGGCAGUAUGGGCGAUACGUUUUGGUAUUGGCUUUUUAACGGGUGUGGUAUAUCCUUGCUGUCAUAAUUUGGUCUCAAAAUGGGCUCCACCCGACGAAAAAGGAAAAUUUGUAGCCUCGCUGAUGGGUGGCACUUUUGGUACGGUUAUAACAUGGCCCAUUAGUGGUGUUAUCAUAGAAAAUAUGGGCUGGGACUGGGCCUUCUAUAUGGUGGGAAUUUUUGUGGCAAUUGUAUGUGCAGCAUGGUUUAUAGUGGUAGACGAUAGUCCUGCCCAGCACACCACAAUCAGUAUUAGCGAAAGGGAGUACAUAGAAAAGAGUCUGGGUGAAACGGUGUCAAAUAAGAAGCGUUAUCCUCCUUACAAAUCACUUCUGGUAUCGAUGCCCUUCUGGUCCUUGUUGUUCUUGCAUUAUGGCAGCAUGUGGGGAUUAUUCUUCCUGAUUACAGCCACACCUAAAUUCUUGAGCGAAGUUUUAGGUUUUAAUUUGUCCUCGGCUGGUUUUCUUUCAUCUCUACCUCAUUUGGCGCGCUUAAUUUGUGCUUUUGGUUUUGGCGCCGUAGCCGAUUGGAUUAGACGCAAAAAUUGGCUAACGGUUACCAAAAUGAGAAAAGUUUUCUGUUUACCUUCUCAUGUUAUUCCUGGCUUAUUUUUGGUUGUAUUGGCAUUCUUUGGUAAAGAUCCCUAUGUGUGUGUGGCCAUAAUGACAAUAUCAUUGGCCUUUAAUGGUGCUGCUACGGCUUCCAAUUUGCAAAACAGUCAAGAUCUGGCACCUAACUAUGCCGGAACAUUAUAUGGCAUUAUCAAUUGUGUGGGUACAACACCGGGAAUCUUCUCGCCAAUGAUUGUGGCGGCUUUCACAAAAGAAAACAACACUAUUGAGCAAUGGCAUUAUAUAUUCCUUAUCGGUGCUGCUGCAUACAUUCUACCCGCCAUUGUUUUCUGGAUAUUUGGUUCUGGAAAAAUACAAAAGUGGAAUGAACUGGACACAUCUUCCUCCAAAGAGGAGAUAAUUAAUACAAAAUUGUAAAUAGCCAGCCAAAAUUUAAAUUUACCUUCUAAAAUAAAGCGUAUUUAUGUAUGUAUGUAGUUACAUAAUUAAACUUAAACUGUGGUAUCCAUUUGCCAGAAAAUGAAUAAUUAAAAUGCAUUUUACUUUUAUAUAAAAAGAGCUGUGUGCCUUACAUUCCUUGUCUAUCUUUUAUAAUUUAAGUUUAAUUUGUUAAAAUAUUUUCUUGUAUAGCAACAUAGUGAAUAGUUAAGAAUUAAUCUAUAUUAAGAACAAUAAAUGUAAAUAUUAAUGACAUGACAAUAAAAACAGAAAUUU